UCUUACGAUAGUCAAAUAAAAAAUAAUGUUACAGUAAUUUAGAUAAAGUGGCUGUAAUUUGAGAAAAUUCGACAAUUGGUGAACAAAUGUUAAAUAAAUUGUAAAUAUAGAAACGCAAAAGAAAGCUUAAAAUGCGUGUAAAAGUAAAUGCAUUACAUAUACUGUUGCUUUUACUUGUAUUUCAAAGAGAAGAAUCGAAAGCUAUUACGUGUUAUCAAUGUAACAGUAAAAGGGAUCAAGAUUGCACUAUUAAUACGGCGGAUAUAAGAUAUUUGAAGCCAUGCUCCUCGUCACAAGCAUUUUGUCGUAAAGCUGUGUACAUAUAUUAUUUUAUGAAUUCUCACGAGUACAUAAUAAUACGCGAGUGUGCAAAAUGGGGAAGUUCUGACAACGAAUGUUAUAGAGGUCGUUACCCACGCGAUAGUUAUCAAUUUGUAUGCGAAUGUAAGAGUACAGGAUGCAAUCGAUCUACGACAUUCUCAUCCAUGACGACCACAGUUCUGUAUGUUUUGUGUCAAUUUAUAGUUUUUCUCGUUAGAAGUCCUACCUGACAAACGAAAAAUGCCUGAAAAAUGGCAUUUCAUUACUAAUAUAUUACGAUAAAGUAAAUAAAUAAAUAGAUACAUCUAAUUGAUCGUCCGGAUAAUAUAAAAUGUAAUAAAAAUAAAAUAUGUAUAUUAUUAGAAAGAGUAUCUAUUAAAAGAUAUAGCAAGUGCGUGAAAACGAUGCCAUUUAAAUUAAAAGGAAAAUAGAACGAAACAGAAAGUGGUUUUAUAUAUAUUAGAAAUAAAAAAAUACUGCGUUACUGUACAUUUUUGCAACUUACGCAAUCUAAAGUAGUUGGUACAUACAGUCGUCCCGAAAAGUAAGUUAACGCUUCCACUGGAAGUUUAAACGUAAUAUCCUUAACUUACUUUCCAGAGCGGCUGUAAAUAGAUUUUAUUAUUUCUAGCCCAUCCCCCGGCACUUUGCUUUCAUUUUACAAAAAACCGAAACCAAAUAAGUUAUUCUAUUUAUUUAAUAUAAAAUAAUAUAACUCUUAAAAUCCAAUUAAAUUUGUGAUAUAUUCGCAAAUAAUCUACGAUAUAUGUAUUAGGUUGUUCGGAAAGUGUUCUUUUUAA